AUGGCCCGCCAAACCGCUGGACCAUCCUUGAAGAUCCUCUUUCUUUGCACUGCUCACAAUAGCUUAUCCCAAAGAUUAUCCCUUGUCCUGCAAGAACGCGGGCACCAUGUCACCGUUGAACUUGCUAUCUCCCCUGACCUCAUGAUUGAGGCAGCCAAGUUGGCAGGACCGGACCUCAUUGUGUGCCCCUUUCUCACGAAAAAAGUCCCCGCUGAAGUGUAUGAAAGUUACCUCACCUGGAUUAUUCAUCCAGGUGCCCCCGGAGAUGCUGGUCCUUCAGCCAUUGAUUGGGUCUUACUGGGUGACGACGGCACAGAAGCUGAUUCACAGAAGGCGCUGGAAAAAAUAUCCACCAACCAGUAUGUUGCUAGUGGCCAAGGGAGGUCUCACUGGGGCGUUACAGUUCUUCAAGCCAUUGAAGAGUUUGACGCCGGACCCGUCUGGGCUUGGGAGCAAUUCCCCAUCACACUCGAUGGACCCACCGCAUUAACCAAAGCUUCACUCUACCGCGGACCUCUGACGACUGCAGCCGUCGCGGCUUGUCUAUGUGCUAUUGAUCGCUUAUUAGCUGUGGCGCCCAUCCCAUCUUUUCCUUCCAUUAAUCCCAGCCUACCAACCGAGUCGCUUUGGGCUUCCAAGUCCGCCACUACCCAGCAAGAAUUUCUUGGCGGCAAAACACACACUCGUCCGCUGCUCCAACCUGCACAAAGAGCAUGGAAUCCAGAAACUGAUUCAGCUGCUCUAGUCUCUCGUCGACUGCGUGCGUCUGACUCCCAACCUGGUGUGCAAAGCCCCCUUUUAUACGGCAAGAAACUGUAUCUAUACGGGGGUCUUAUCGAAGAGAACCCGAUACCUUUCAAGGCUCCUCGCGCUGGCCAGAUUGCUGCACAAAGAGACGGUGCCGUACUGGUCUUGACAGCGGACGGUAAAGGAGUUUGGAUAACCCAUGUUCGUAGACUCAAGCCCAAAAAUCAAGCCCUUCUUCCCGCCAAGCUGCCAGCUCUGCUUGGCCUUAAAUCGGUGCCAGAGUUGGCGAACGAGGUCGAUUUUGAGGCUAUUCCCACUUGGAAUCUCGCCGGCUUUGUCAAAGUCCCCGGCACAUUCCAAGAAGUCUGGAUUGAAUACGACAGCUUUUAUGGAGCUUUCCAAACUGCAUAUAUUUACUCGAACUUUUACAAUGGGGCUGCUUCUACUGCGCAAUGUCAGCAACUGUUGGCGGCAAUCAAAGAAGUGAUCAGCCAAUCGAGUGUCAAAGCUCUUGUCCUAAUGGGGGGCGAUUACUGGAACAAUGGUAUUCACCUGGGUGUUUGCUCAACGGACGCCGCGCAAGAAAGCUGGAAAAAUAUCAAUGCAAUCAACGAUUGCGUCGAGGCCCUUCUCUCAGCCCGUGAUAUCGUCACAUUUGCCGCGAUUCGUGGUAACGCUGCAGCUGGCGGCUUUGCCUUGGCUACCUGCUGCGAUUUCGUUUUCUGCGUGGAAAAUGCUGUCAUCAAUCCUCACUAUCGAGCUGUCGGGCUGUACGGAUCAGAAUAUCAUACGCUGACCUGGUAUGCUCGAGCUGGAGAAGAAGUCGCCAAGAAAUUCACUCGUGGUAUUCUUCCCAUGAGCGCGACAACUGCCGUUCAGCUCGGGUUGAUUGACCAAGUCAUCAACGCUGGUGCAAGUGUAGCACAACACAUCAAGUCUGCUGUUAUGCGCACUCUUUUUAGCGACGCCGACCAACCUUUCAACGGUGCCCCUUGGACCAAGCCGCGACUGCAUCCCUCCAGACAUUCACCUGAUCCUCGUCGCUUGAUGGACGCAGUGCCUUUACGCCGACAAGCUUGGCUGGAUUGCUUACCUCAACCUCUGGCGUCCUAUAGAAAUCAGGAGUUGGACUUUAUGAAGCUGAAUUUCACUGAUCCUCGCUAUGAAAGGUGUGUUCAAGACUUCACUGGCAAAGCCGCGGCGACCAGCACACCUCUUCGGUUUGCCUUACAUCGUCGAUUUACUCACUGGGAGAAGCCCCUGUUGGAUCCCGAAGAAGACGCGGACUACUUCGAUUAUCCUCUAAUCGAUGCCGAGGCAGUACAUUCAGCAUUGGGAAUAUCGCCUAGUCAGCCUAUUGAACUGAUUUACCCCCCAACUCAGCGUGACGGCCAGAGCCUUUUCCUCGGUCCUGCAUUGUCACUUGAGAACAACCCAACCAAGUCCCCAAACGUAUCUCCCUCGUUUUCCGAAUCCACAACGUUAAACAACAGUCUCCAGUUGACCCCUCAGGGCUCCAAUUCAUCAUCGAAUGAUACGCCCUUGAUGCCUCACAAUAACUCGCCAUGUACCCCUGCAAGCCCUCGCCCGGCCUCCAAUGAAUAUGAUGCGAAGGCUUCUCAUCGCAUCUCUCGGGUUGUUCAGAAGCUCAGAGCGGUGCUGGUCCAGAAAACCGACCAGAUCACACCCCACUAUGACGACAAAUUUCAACAGCGAUCUCCUGCGACGAAACGCAGAACCACUUUCAGUAUCUCUGGCAAACCAGCCAGCCGAGAUCAUCAAAUGUCCUGUUAUUAUGGCACUGUCGAUGCCGAAAGAACUCUUGAUUAG